AUUGUUCCUAUUUUUUGUUAGUCUCUAUCAUAACAAAACAAAACCAAAAAAAAAUUAUAUAUAAAAUAAUAUCAUUUGGAGUGGGGACGUCAUCUGAAGAUUAUAGAUAUAAAUAAAUAGAAAGAAAGAUGAAGUGAGAGAGUUGUAAAGAAAAGAAAGAUUUCUAAAGAAGAAAAAAAAGAAACAGAGAAACAAAAAUGGUGAUAAAAAGGAUAGAGCUGUGUAUAGAGCUAAUGAAGAUAGGUAUGGAGUUCGUGGUGGUGGUGGCCGAAGCCGUCCAAAUUGUUAUGCGGCAAAACCUCAACCACCACCGUGCUCCUCAACCUCCGCGUCUCAUCCGCCAUGGCCUCCUCCCUUAUCCCGCUUCUCACCCUUCUCCAUUCCUCUUUGGAUUUUUCCCUUGAAAAUUAAGAAACAUGAAAUUUUAUAUUCUGCUUCUUUCUCUUUUUCUUCUUCUUUAUUACCUUUUUUUUUUUUUGUUGUAGAUAUAUAAUUAGGUGUUACUCUUGUUGAUUCUUCUUUGUAAAAAUCAGAUUUGCAGCUUUCUAUUGAACUCUUUUUUUUUUCUGGAUUAAUAUCGUGUAAGCAAACAAUUUGCAGGAUAAACAUAAAAAACAAUAAACAAGUAAUACACGCAAUUUGGUUGAAGACUAUAAGACGUGCAGCGGAAACAAUUUGCCCCCUAAGCUAAGUCCAGGUUCAAUCAAAAAAGUUGUUAAUGUUUACAUAUGUUUCUUCCUUAUGUACUUCACGGCAAGUUAUAUUCAAUUAAUUAUUAUGAUAAUCUUGAUUAGUCUUGGGAGAUGCCUUGGUGUUCUAGGGUUUGAACCUGGACUUUUUCUUAUAUUUGGAAAGAAGAAGAAAUAAAACUGUAGAUAACUGAA